CAUGCCAUCACAAUUUCCACCCGUCUUGCAAAACCCAAACUUUCACGCUAAAAGAAACCCAUUCACUCUUCCUUCAAUCCCAAUUCCAUCAAAAUGUCGGCCCAAAGAAUCGAAUCUCACCGAGAAAACGCCGAAAUAUACACCGACGAGACGAUGUGCAAGCAAAAAUCCCUUGAACUUCUCGAGAAAAUCAACCUCCCCAAGGGUUUGCUCCCUUUAGACGACAUCGUUGAGGUUGGCUUCAACGAGGCUUCCGGGUUCAUCUGGCUGAAGCAGAAAAAGAGUAAGACGCACCAAUUCCGUUCAAUCGGUCGCAGCGUAUGGUACGAUACAGAGGUCACGGCGUUCGUUGAGGACCGUCGGAUGAAAAAGCUGACAGGUGUCAAGAGCAAGGAGCUCCUGAUCUGGGUAACUAUUUCUGAUAUUUACAUUCAGGACCCCAGCUCUGGGAAAAUCACUUUCGGCACCCCUACUGGUAUUUCCAGGUCUUUUCCAGUGUCGGCGUUUGACGAAGAAGAGGAGAAGAAAGAUAAGAAAUAACAAAUUUGGAGGGUAGUUUCGGUAAUAAAAAUGGAUGUGUUUAGGGAAUAAUAUGUGCGUGUAUUUUGUGUAAGUUUGGUACGACUCGAUGUGUCUGUAUGAACUAUUAAAGUAUUUUAUGAAUUGCUAAUGAAACUGGGGUUAGUAUUCUGAAAUUUAA